UUCCUCCCUUCCCCUCCCUCCCAGCCUUCCCCGCGAGCGGACGCGGCAGCGCCUCUGUCUCGCUUUUUCUUAUUUUUCCCCCCUUUCCCCUUUCUUUUUUUUUUUUUCUUUUCCUUUUCCCCCUCCCCCCCUUUCACCAUUUCCCCUCGGAGGCGCUUUCCCCGGGCAGGGGCAGAGCCGGUCUCACCCCCCGCCUCUCCCCGGCCCCCGCCGCCCUAUGGCGAGAGGGAGCCCCCUCCCCACCCGGGCUCGAGCGGCGGCGGCCUCAGGCCGGGGGUCAUCAUGGAACUAAUUCGCUGACCGACCCAGCGGCUGCAGCCGUGCGUCCCGCUCGAACGCCAGCGCCCGCGCCCCCCGACCCGCUUCCCCCUCUUCUCCCUCCACAGUUGGCCCCGUCGUCCCGCGCGCACCGCCUCCGCGCGCCUAGGAGAAUGAGGUGGUAACGGGCCCCCGGAUGACCCCGCGUCACCACUGUGAGGCCUACAGCUCUGCCGGGGAGGAGGAGGAGGAGGAAGAGGAGGAGAAGAAUGUUUCUCCAUCCCAGAGAGAUGAAGUAAUUCAAUGGCUGGCCAAACUCAAGUACCAAUUCAACCUUUACCCAGAAACAUUUGCUCUGGCUAGCAGUCUUUUGGACAGGUUUUUAGCUACUGUAAAGGCUCAUCCAAAAUACUUGAGUUGUAUUGCAAUCAGCUGUUUUUUCCUAGCUGCCAAGACUGUUGAGGAAGAUGAGAGAAUUCCAGUACUAAAGAUAUUGGCAAGAGACAGUUUCUGUGGAUGUUCCUCAUCUGAAAUUUUGAGAAUGGAGAGAAUUAUUCUGGAUAAGUUGAAUUGGGAUCUUCACACAGCCACACCACUGGAUUUUCUUCAUAUUUUCCAUGCCAUUGCAGUGUCAACUAGGCCUCAGUUACUUUUCAGUUUGCCCAAAUUGAGCCCAUCUCAACAUUUGGCAGUCCUUACCAAGCAACUACUUCACUGUAUGGCCUGCAACCAACUUCUGCAGUUCAGAGGAUCCAUGCUUGCUCUCGCCAUGGUUAGUCUGGAAAUGGAGAAACUCAUUCCUGAUUGGCUUUCUCUUACAAUUGAACUGCUUCAGAAAGCACAGAUGGAUAGCUCCCAGUUGAUCCAUUGUCGGGAGCUUGUGGCACAUCACCUUUCUACUCUGCAGUCUUCCCUGCCUCUAAAUUCCGUUUAUGUCUACCGUCCCCUCAAGCACACCCUGGUGACCUGUGAUAAAGGAGUGUUCAGAUUACAUCCCUCCUCUGUCCCAGGCCCAGAAUUCUCCAAGGACAACAGCAAGCCAGAAGUGCCAGUCAGAGGUACAGCAGCCUUUUACCAUCAUCUCCCAGCUGCCAGUGGGUGCAAGCAGACCUCUACUAAACGCAAAGUAGAGGAAAUGGAAGUGGAUGACUUCUAUGAUGGAAUCAAACGGCUCUAUAAUGAAGAUAAUGUCUCAGAAAAUGUGGGUUCUGUGUGUGGCACUGAUUUAUCAAGACAAGAGGGACAUGCUUCCCCUUGUCCACCUUUGCAGCCUGUUUCUGUCAUGUAGUUUCAACAAGUGCUACCUUUGAGUGUAAACUAAGGUAGACUACUCUGGGAAUAAGAACAUGCAAAAUCAGGAAAGGCUGUAGAAGGAAGUAUACCUUAACAGGCUGAUUUGGAGUGAGCCAGAAAAAAAAAAAAACUCGUUAUUUGUGUGGCUAAUUAUAAUUCAGCAUUAUUUAAGCACAUAAAGACCAAAAAAAAAAAAAAAAAAUCCAAAAGAUCCAAACUUUUUUUAAACUUAAAAAAAUCUCUUUGUAGUAUGUCAGUUGUACUUUUUGUCUGCCAUAAUGUAACGUAGCUUGCCCCGUCAAAAAUUCAGUUAAAAUUCAUAGCCAGCAAUCCUGUCCCCCGUCAGUAUCCUGAUUUAAUUUUCCUGUUGCUUUUGCUUGCUUCUCCAUUUAAUAGUUACUGAACUUUAUGCAUGUUGAUCUAUAGUGAUUUUCACUGCAGUUGAAUGAACAAAUUAUUUCAGUGUGACAGCCAUGACUCAAGUUCCAAUUAGUCUGAAAAGGGUACUUUGGAAUUGUCCCAUAUUAAUCAGAGAUGGCAACAGAAAAAGUUCACAUAUUACCAGGUUGAUUUUGUGUCUCAUUUCAAAUUUUAAUUUAAAAUUAUGGUUUUCAUUUUUGUUUACCUUAAAGUGAUGCUUAAAAGUGGCAUGUAAUUAGGACACUUAGAUUUGUUGAAAGCAUUUUUGACAUUUGUAUAAAAGAAUUUGUGAUAAAUAUAUCCAGGUGCUCACCAAAGAAACAUGUACGUAACAAAUUAGAUUUUUCUAACUGAUAGUUUUCACUCAUUUAUAAUCAGUAGGAGAGACUGUCUAGAUGUUGGGGCAACUCUAUGAUUUGAGUCUGUAACAUGUUAUAACUGAAUUUAGUACCCUAGUUUUGUUAAGCUAUUAGGAUUUUCUAAUAGAACUUACUCCCCCUGCCUCCUCAGCCUAUGUUUCUUUUAAUGACUUCUGGAUCCUGAACUCCCUUUGCAGUCUGAAAAAGGUAUUGCAGUCAGAACCGUGUACUGAUGAUAAAAGCCUCUGGUAGCAAUAAAAAGUUGUCCUUAA